CACAGCUGCAGAAAGGCAGCAUAACAAAGGUGCAGUCAGCCAGUGUCCUCUCUAGUCAAGAUAUAUUCCGGCACAUUAAAUUCACUGUAGUUGGCUGAGGCGGCUCACAAUAGGCAAAGUCUUCAACCAAUUUGACUAACAGGAUGUGCGUCUGUUACCUAUGUCUCUGACCUACUUGGGCUGAUUAGCCCAUUUCACUACCCUUUUGGAUGUUAUUAUAUCAUUAUGGAAAGAGGGCUAGAGAAGAUUUCUGAAGUAGUUAACUCCAUCGAGUAGAGGUCAGUGAUGCAAGUCAUUUCAGUUUAGUGACAGAGUGUUGUCGCAGAAUUUGAGGAGGCUGCUGAACACUACCUCAAUCCGAGACAAGACAUUGAUCGAUUACUUGACGGAGAGCCAUUGAGGGGGUGCUGAAUUAGGCUAUGGUUUGCCCUGACACAUAACGGUAGCAGCAGCGCUUCCCAGACCAUCUCCCCCUAGCCAGCUACUCCACCAACCCUUCAGCCCAGGCCCAAGCCCAGCCAUGACAGCCAAGUCGUCCCUGCUCAAGGUGAUCCUCCUGGGGGACGGCGGCGUGGGCAAGUCCUCCCUCAUGAACCGCUACGUCACCAACAAGUUUGACACGCAUCUCUUCCACACCAUUGGCGUGGAGUUCCUAAACAAGGACCUGGAGGUCGACGGGCGCACCGUGACGCUCCAAAUCUGGGACACGGCGGGCCAGGAGCGCUUCCGCUCGCUCCGGACACCUUUUUACCGUGGCUCCGACUGUUGUCUCCUAACCUUCAGCAUGGAUGACAACCAGAGCUUCCACAAUCUCAACAACUGGAAGAAGGAGUUUGCCUACUACGCUGAUGUAAAGGAACCCGAGAAGUUCCCAUUUGUGAUCCUGGGUAAUAAGUUGGAUGUGCCAGAGAGGCAGGUUUCGGGCGAGGACGCCCGCCAGUGGUGCCGCGAGAACGGCGGCCACCCGUACUUUGAGACGAGCGCCAAGGACUCGACCAACGUGGCGGCGGCGUUUGAGGAGGCGGUGAGGAGGGUGCUGGCACAGGAGGAAAGGGGGGAACACCUCAUCCCAACGGACACAGUGGACCUGCACAGGAAGCCGCGCUCUGGCACCUCCUGCUGCUGAGGAGAUGUAGGGUUGAUUACCUUUAUUUGACUCUUAAAGGCCCAAUGCAGCUGUUUCUCAAUUUAAAAUGGGCAAAAAUUGCUUUUUAGCAAAAAGCUAUUUCUCAAGCAAGAAUAUGGCUAAGACUGGGAAAACUAGCUGUUAUUGGAAGAGAGGUUUGGAACUGUUUUUGUUAUUGGUCUAUUAACCAAUCAACCGCAUAGUGAUGUCACCAUGGAAAGCUGAAACUCCCGCCCAUGCAAACCUGCUGAUUUAUAAUGUCCUGUGUAGAUUGUAUUUUCAACCACCAACUAUCAGGAAAUAAACUGAUCCAAUUUUUUUCACAGUUUUACAGUGUUUGUUUAAUCAGCUGUUAUGCAAUAUGAAUUUUGACUGCACUGGGCCUUUUAAAGAGACAGUAGGGGCUUAUUUGAACUUCUGCUGCCCAAUUCUGGCCAACUUGGCUGUAGCUUGUGAGUACUGAUGAUUCCAACGGCCACUUGGUUCCAAUUCUCCUUUUUAUCUGUGGUUAAUGCAUUCGUUCUGCUCUGUGCUCCUCCCUUGGUAUAAACGACUGCAUGUGCACGCGGACACACAGCCUGUUCAUAGCAUUAUACACACCGACCCACUUAGGCUAUAUAUGUUUCAUCAUACACAGGAGUGCACAUAGUUGGGCCUGCUAUUUGACAUUCCGUUGUGCUGGCGAGAGUGUGUGUGUGUGUGUGUUAUCAGUGACCACUACAAUCAAGAGAUUACUUUGUUGUGCAUUCCUCCUCCCAAGAGUUUCACUACUACUGUGCUGAAAGACACAUACAGUAAUCAAGUAAUGACUAAAUAUUUACAGAGCAACUUACAGUAGUGAGUGCAGUAUAUUUUAUGUACUUUUUCAUACUGGUCCCCCGUGGGAAACGAACCCACAACCCUGCCGUUGCAAGCGCCAUGCUCUACCAAUUGAGCCACAUGGGAAAUAGUACAUUGUCAUCCCAUCUAUUAAAUGGGCUGAAUGUGCCAAAUUAA